CCAAACGGUUUCUGAACGCUUCAGAGCGAUUUGUGAACGUUUUAGCAAAGUUUUCUUCCGCGAAUUUUUGCACACUUUCGCUUUACUGUUUACACGUGUUGCGAUUUUGAAACUUUUAGUGAGUGACAAAUUUUCCCAGGAAUGAUGCACAAUAAGUAAAGAACCAACAAAAUGGUCAUACAAUAUACACGACGGUGGCUGGCGCUGGUCGUGGCUGUAAUAGCGAUCACGCUAGCUGUCUGCGAUCCAGAAGUGUAUUACGAGAAACAGCGAUACGAUGGCUGGUUCAACAACAGAGCAUACCCUGAUUGGGGGUCCGUCGGCAGUCGACUGACCCGCAAGGCGCCAGCUGCUUACGCAGAUGGAGUUUACAUGAUGGCCGGGGCUGACCGGCCCGGAGCGCGCUCGCUGUCCAAACUCUUCAUGAGGGGGCAAGAUGGACUACCCUCACUCGCCAAUAGAACCGCCCUGCUUGCAUUCUUUGGCCAAGUAGUGACCGGCGAGGUAGUGAUGGCGUCCGAGUCGGGGUGUCCGAUCGAGCACCACCGCAUCCCCGUGGACAAGUGUGACCACAUGUACGACCCUGACUGCCAGGGAGCCAAGCACAUGCCCUUUCUUAGAGCUGCCUAUGACAGGGCCACUGGACAGAGUCCAAACAGUCCUAGAGAACAGAUAAACCAAAUAACGUCGUGGAUCGACGGCAGCUUCGUAUACAGCACGAGCGAGGCGUGGGUGAAUGCAAUGAGGUCAUUUCAGAAUGGAAGCCUGGCGAGUGAAGGCGGCAUGCCCUUGCGCAACACGAAGCGAGUGCCGCUGUUCAACAACCCUGUGCCGCAUUACAUGAGGAUGCUCAGCCCAGAGAGGCUGUUCUUAUUGGGAGACCCACGUACGAAUCAGAACCCGGCGAUGGUGACGUUCGGCAUCUUAUUGCUUCGCUGGCACAACGUGGUGGCGGCGCGAGUGCACCGCAAGCACCCCGACUGGAGUGAUGAACAGCUGUUCCAGAGAGCGCGACGCGUUGUCAUAGCUAGUUUACAAAACAUUAUCUUCUACGAGUACGUGCCAGCAUUCCUCGGGGUACCGAUGCCUCCUUACACAGGCUACAAAGCUGACGUGGCUCCAGGGGUGUCUCAUGCGUUCGCCGUAGCCGCGUUCAGAUUCGGUCACACUUUGGUUCCACCAGCUAUACUGCUGAGAGACCGCAACUGCAGAUACAGUCGAGCACCUGGUGGUCACGAUGCCAUCAGACUAUGCCAGACUUGGUGGGAUGGAAACGAUGUAAUGUCUCAAGUACCAAUAGAAGAAGUCCUGAUGGGCAUGGCAUCUCAAUUGUCUGAACGUGAGGAUGCUCUUCUUUGUUCCGAUGUUAGAGACAAUCUGUUUGGACCCAUGGAGUUCUCAAGAAGAGAUCUUGGUGCACUUAAUAUCAUGAGAGGAAGAGACAACGGUCUUCCUGAUUAUAACUCUGCUAGAGAAGCAUUUGGACUUCCCAAAAUAAAGACGUUCAAUGAGAUCAAUCCGCAGCUCUUCGAAGAUAAUCCGGAUUUGCUUCAGAAAUUAAGUCAAGCUUAUGAAGGCAGACUUGACAACAUAGAUGUGUAUAUCGGUGGAAUGCUGGAAUCAACUGGUCAUCCGGGAGAAUUAUUCAGAGCAAUCAUCAUGGACCAAUUUACAAGAAUCAGAGAUGCAGAUAGGUUCUGGUUUGAAAAUGAGAAAAAUGGAAUUUUCACCAGAGAAGAAAUUGAUGAACUUCGUCGUGUUAAGCUAUGGGAUAUCAUCGUGAACAGCACAGCUGUUGGACCUAACGACAUUCAGCGUGACGUAUUUCACUGGGGUACCGGAGACCCUUGCCCACAACCAUAUCAGCUGAAUGCUUCCAAACUACCACCCUGCAAGUAUUUGAAGGGCUAUGAUUAUUUUGAGGGCAAUGAAUUUGCGUACAUCUACACAUGUUUGAUUCUGGCUUUUGUGCCAAUCCUUUGCGCGGGCGCGGGAUAUGGUGUAGUCAAGCUACAAAAUAGUCGCAGACGGCGCCUUAAGAUUCAACAAGAGCAUCUUAAAAACGCUCAAUACAAAGGAUCAGUAGACAAAAUGGUAUGCAGAGAAUGGGUGCACGCAUCCCAUAAGAGAUUGGUGAAACUACGACUUGGACCUGAACCUGCUCUUCAUGUGACUGAUCGUAAAGGAGAUAAAUUAAGAACUGUACCUCUAGACCAUACUGAUCAGAUCACAGUCCUUGAAAGCCAGGAAAGCCGUAAUAACAAACGCCCGUUAGUUCUAAUUAGAGCACCAAGAGAACAUGACCUUGUGCUGGAAAUGGAUUCAGUAGCAUCACGUCGCAAAUUCCUUGUCAAACUUGACACUUUCUUGGCUCAACACAAGAAGGCUCUCAAUCUUAGCCAGGGUCAUCGUGAACAGAUUCUAGCUACUGCUGAGACAAGAGAACGUAGACAACGCAAAUUAGAGCAUUUCUUCAGAGAAGCUUAUGCUAUCACUUUUGGUCUAGCACCGGGAGAAAAACGAAGGAGGAAUGAAGAUGCAGAUCCUGAGUCAAUAGUAAUGAGAACUUCGCUAUCAAAAACCGAAUUCGCAAGUGCACUAGGAAUGAAGGCAGACGCAGUAUUUGUCAAGAAGAUGUUCAAUAUCGUAGACAAAGAUAGCGACGGAAGGAUAUCUUUCCAGGAAUUCCUCGACACAGUAGUAUUGUUUUCCCGAGGAGCAACAGACGACAAACUUCGUAUAAUAUUCGACAUGUGUGAUAAUGAUAGGAACGGUGUGAUCGACAAAGGCGAACUCAGUGAAAUGUUGAGGUCGUUAGUGGAAAUUGCCAGAACUACAAGUCUAAGGGAUGAGCACGUUACGGAGCUGAUCGACGGCAUGUUUUCGGAUGCUGGUCUCCAACACAAAGACCAUCUCACAUAUUCGGAUUUCAAAGUAAUGAUGAAGGAAUACAAAGGAGAGUUCGUCGCUAUUGGUCUAGACUGCAAAGGAGCCAAGCAGAACUUCUUGGACACCUCAACAAAUGUCGCUAGGAUGACCAGCUUCCAUAUCGAACCUUCGAUGGAACAGUCGAGUCAAAACUAUUUCAAUUACAGACAUUGGAUCCUUUUAAAAUGGGACUAUAUGACCACGUUUUUGGAAGAAAAUAGACAGAAUAUCUUCUAUCUGUUCGUGUUCUACGUCGUGACUAUUGGUUUGUUCGUGGAAAGGUUUGCCCACUACUCAUUCAUGUCAGAGCAUCUUGAUCUGAGGCAUAUUAUGGGCGUAGGUAUCGCUAUCACCAGAGGAUCAGCCGCUGCUUUGUCUUUCUGCUACAGUCUACUGCUCUUGACAAUGUCUAGAAACUUGUUAACAAAAUUAAAAGAGUUCAGCAUCCAGCAAUACAUCCCACUAGACUCGAGCAUCCAGUUCCACAAGAUCGUAGCCUGCACAGCUCUCUUCUUCUCCCUACUCCACACUGCGGGCCAUAUGGUGAACUUCUACCACGUAUCUACACAGCCUGUCGAGAACUUGCGAUGUCUUACUAAAGAAGUUCAUUUUACGUCUGAUUUCCGGCCAGGCAUCACUUAUUGGGUGUUCCAGACUAUUACAGGUGUAAGCGGAGUACUACUCUUCAUAAUAAUGUGCAUAAUAUUUAUAUUCGCGCACCCGGUGAUCCGCAAGCGCGCAUACCCGUGGUUCUGGCGUGCGCACUCGCUGCACGUCGCGCUCUACGCGCUCUGCCUCGUUCACGGGCUCGCCAGGCUCACGGGAGCUCCGAGGUUUUGGAUCUUCUUCCUCGGACCGGCCAUUAUCUAUACUUUAGAUAAGGUGGUGUCCCUACGUACCAAAUACUUAGCGUUAGACGUCCUAGAAACUGAAAUGUUACCUUCUGACGUCAUCAAGAUAAAGUUCUACAGACCUCCAAACCUCAAGUAUUUAUCAGGACAAUGGGUUCGUUUAGCGUGUACAGCGUUUAAGAAGGAAGAGUUCCAUUCAUUCACUCUGACGUCUGCUCCUCAUGAGAACUUCCUCUCGUGCCAUAUCAAAGCUCAGGGUCCCUGGACGUGGAAGCUCAGGAACUACUUCGAUCCUUGCAACUUUAACCCCGAAGACCAGCCGAGGAUUCGGAUCCAAGGUCCAUUCGGGGGUGGCAACCAGGACUGGUACAAGUUCGAGGUGGCGGUGAUGGUGGGGGGCGGCAUAGGGGUCACACCCUACGCGUCCAUUCUCAAUGACCUCGUGUUCGGCACCUCCACCAACAGAUACUCCGGUGUGGCUUGCAAAAAGGUGUACUUCCUCUGGAUCUGUCCUUCCCACAAGCACUUUGAGUGGUUCAUCGACGUGCUGCGCGACGUGGAACGCAAGGACGUCACCAAUGUACUCGAGAUCCACAUCUUUAUCACGCAGUUCUUCCACAAGUUUGAUCUGAGAACCACUAUGCUGUACAUUUGCGAGAACCAUUUCCAGCGUCUCUCGCGCACGUCCAUGUUCACGGGACUGAAAGCUGUCAACCACUUCGGCAGACCCGACAUGUCGUCUUUCCUAAAAUUCGUGCAGAAGAAGCACAGCUAUGUAUCAAAAAUCGGCGUGUUCUCCUGCGGCCCGCGCCCGCUGACCAAGUCCAUAAUGUCUGCGUGUGAGCAGGUCAACCGCACGCGACGACUGCCUUACUUCAUACACCACUUCGAGAACUUCGGAUAAAACACGCAACACACUAUACAUUAGGAAUUAAUACUAAGUUCCGCAAAGUAGUUCAAAUUCUAUUAUAUUGCUAGUAUCAAGGCACUUAGUCAAUGCACGUUCUUUCUAUCGAGUGACGAUUGCAAUAGAUAUAAUAACAACAUUUUUAGGUAAACAAAUACGUCUGUAAAGAUGUGGUUCUGUGAAUAAAUACAAAUUAACAAACAAAAUAAACUAAUUAACAAUACACCCGAUCACAAUUAUACACAUUUAAUGGAUGAAGUUACCUAACUUAUUUAUUUUAGUAGUUUUUAUAUUUUUAUACUUUUCAUCAAAUGCUGCUUCCAUAGUACAAAAUAAUCGAGGCAUUUUCUAUGUACAAA